AUGUCCGAGAUCCAACAAGCUACCAACAAGACCCCAAAGAUGAACAGCAAGAGAAGGACCUGGGUCCGAGAAAGACGACAAGUCCAAGUCGGCAGAAGAAAUCUAGAGCAAUCCGAUCGAUGCGCAGAAGAAAAGACGAUCUCAGACGUACCAUCUCCGACUAGUGUUCAGCGCAGAGCAAGCGUGCAAGACUCUAGCACCAGCUCGACUCUCUUGACCCCUCCUACUGUAUCGGAGGAGUGGUCUACUAAGAGCUGCCCGCCUUCUGCCAUCCGCAUCGCUUUGAAUCCACCUGCUCUCGAGUCAACCAGUUCCGAGCCUGUCGAAGCCGCCGCGCAACUCAUUACUGCAAACACCACAGAGAUCGUCCCCCAGACAGCAAUGAGAGACGCAUCCGAGGUGAAAUCGACCGAUCCAAGCCACAUCACAGAACUUCCAGCCAGUGUCUCGCUCAGCACAAGCGAGCAUCAGACCUUUGCUACGCUGGCCAACCACAACUUCCACAUUCCGCUAUCCGCUUCGCUCAACACGUCUUCGCUUAUCCUCUUCAAACACGACACACCCUCUCUCGAGCGUUUUCGUUUGCUCCACAACCAGUUGUUCAUCGAGCUGGCCCGCGUAGUUGAGGAGCAGUUCCAGUCCCCUCCGUUUCCAGAGACCAAUGUCGAGGCAUACAGGCAGAGAGAAGACCUCAUGCUGGGUCUGUUGACUGAGGUUGUUCCUGCUUUGAACCAUCUUACUGAGACGAUCGGCAAGGAAGUCAAGUCGAGCAUCCAGAACCAUAAUGCAGGAUUGAGACUGUGGGUUGGAGAGAGGGACCAGAAGAAGGAGGAGAGCUCUUGA